AUGGGCGAAAGGCCAACUGGAGACAGAGACAUCGAGCUCGACGCACCUGGAUGUAGAUUUUCGGUGACGUUUGGAAAUGUCACAUCUCUUCUAGCAUACUAUGCGUUUUUGACUACAUGUUCCGACCUAACGUGGAUCUCUCACUUCGGGAGUAGCGUACGAUGGGCUGCUCCUGAGCUUUUCGAAGUUUUGGACGUCGAGGAUGCAUCUAGCUCACCAAAACUAGAAAGCGACAUUUAUUCAUUUGGAUGCAUCGCAUACCAGGUUCUAUCGGGCAAGCUGCCGUACUAUAACAUUUGCAGUGAUAACCAGGUGGUCGUGGCCAUACUCAAGGGUGUCAAGCCUGAGCAUCCAGAUAUCGCUGUCAUCGAAGAUUAUCAGUGGAACUUUACAGAGCUGAGCUAUCACAGCGACCUCCCAUUGCGUAUGUCCCAGAUUUGA